ACUCACCUCUCGAGUGCCGCACUGACAUAAAAGAACGUUUCUUUAUUAAUAAUCAUAUUUUCUAGCGUAAAAACUGUGGGAUUGAACGUUUUUAAUGACUGACAGAUGAAGCAGCUAAACAUAUUAAAACAACAAUAAGAACUCAAUUUCAAAAACAUUAUUGAUUGUAUCCCGUGACGACAAACCUUAAACAUAGCGCACAAGACAAUCGUGCUGGAACAAGUAUUUUUCAAAUGAGUGUAACGAUAUCCUAAUUCGCUGUCAAGUAUCCACAUAUCUCUUAAAUAUUACAAUAGUUAUCUGACGAGAACUGUGAAGGCCAGAGUUGACUCCUAACAUCCUGCAUGAUCACGUGAGCAGCAGCCAACAGUGAGAUAUGGACUCAGUCGAUGAAUCGAUUGAAAGUGCAGAAAGUGAAAGAAAAAAGAGAGAACAACAUCUAGCAGCCCUGCUGAUGAAGACUAAAGAAAGAGAGUUAGUCCUCCACUCAGCGGUUCCCUACGACGGCGACUGUCUCUUUCACUCCAUCAUGCGUCUCAUACCAACCUCUGCCCCAGAGGCUGGAUCACUGCGUGCUGCCCUCGUAGAUUAUUUUGUCAGUCAGAAAUGUUCGAGUGAACUGAAAGCAACUCUGGAUGACUCAUUCUUGAUCGACCUCGCACAGCAGCACAAGGAUGUGAGUGACGACCGUGUAGUGAAGGGACUUGCUGAACACUUAUCUGCAACUAUCCAUGUGGUUUCUCUAGACCCCAGCAAUAACGUCGAAACUCAACAUAUCUAUCAGCCGAACAUAGGUCAGUCUUCUGUAACUAUAACUCUUGGGCAUAUCAAAGGAGAACAUUAUGUCCCCCUGCAGCAACAAACCCAAGAGAGAGAAGAACAACAAAAACAGCAACAACAGCGAACAGUACAGCAACAAAAGCACCUGAAGAGACGCCUACACGCGAGGAGCCACAAAUCUUUGAAGCGCAGAGCUGUACAAACUCCUUUCUCCCGCUCUCACUACAUCGUCUCCAGACAGCCCCAAUGAGACGUGAUCCACAUUGCAGUGCAUCCACCGACUUACAGUCUUUUGAUACCCCGAUCAUUAAAACAGAAAUAACAAUAUCCUGCAUUGACUGUAAAUUAUGUGAACCCAACCUGAUAGUGCAGUGUUAGGUGUAGGGAAAGGUAUGUUUACGAUAUGUGUGUUAAACAUCAAAAGUGUAAACCUAUUGCAGUAAUGUUGAAAUGUACAAGGGGGUCAACUAUGAUUUCACUCAAUGUUGGUAUAAUUUACAUAUUUUUUGCUUAAUUGUCCGGCGAAUAGAUAUAGUAAAACACGGUAAAAGUUUAUGUAUAUCUUUUUUUACAUAUAAUUUUUAACAUAUUAUGUGAAUAUCUGAAUCUAAAAAUACCGCCAUUUUGGAAACAGUUGAACCUUAUAUUACUGUGAUCAGUGAAAUUUAUUGCUUCCUCUAGGAAAGUGUAUUAUAAUAUUCAGGUUCAGAAUAAGCUUAUUUUCUUCAAUUUUACAACGCAGUAUGUGAUAAUUUUGUUUUCGGGGUUGGUAAAAAGUUUCCUUCACAUGAACAGAGAACAGUUGUAAACGCCACUUCUGUAGCUGGUAACGCUGUCCUGCAUAGCACAAGCUUACCACGGUUACUUCACGCUACAGGGUGUCACAGAUCUGGAACAUACUCUUGGUAUUUUCGUAUGUAAACUUAACUCAUCUCACAGUCUUGCCGAAUGUAAAAAUAAUGUAUGAUGAAUUAAUGACGAAUUACCAAGGGGAAAACUUCUACCCAUGUUUCUAGCCUCAUGCAUUUACAAUGAAGCGUGUCUUCAAUUCUGAUAUAAAAAAUGUUGUGAGUGUGACAACAACAUUUGUUGUAUGUCCCUGGAUAAGCCGUUUGCUUUCUCAAUAACAAAU